UGCGGUAACAUGCGCAGACUAUAUGACGUCAUAAAAAGAUGGCGACGUCCUGUGUAAAACUUAGUUUAUGUUUAAUCGCUCGUUCCUCAUGUUACGUCUUAAAGUUCAAAUAUGCGACUAGUCUUUAUCAUAUUCAGUCGGCUAAAUAUGCAACCGCGCCAGUAGCAAAACGUGGGAAGGCUGCCACAUCUAUACAAAAGAAGAUUUUGGAAGUAGAAACUGAUAUCCACAAGUUAAACACACGAGUGAGUGGUGCCAAUUACUUUAAAGAAGGAGAAGACCCACUGCUCAAGGAAGAUGAAGAGUAUCCAGCCUGGCUGUGGACGUUACCGACUGAGAAGAACCCAGAUCUAGAAAGUCUGGAUCAGAAUUCAUGGGAGUACUGGCGUAGGCUUCGCAAGAUGAACAUAAAAAGGACACUUAAACUCAUGAAAGCAGAUCCGCGUAAACGGUGACACUGCGCACAUGCUGUUACCAUAAUAGUCUCAUUAAGUUUCAUAAAUUUUGAAGCUACAUGCAGUUAAAUGAUGCAAAAUGCACACAUUGACCAACCAAUUUUAAUUGAAUGUAACAAGUUGGAUUAAUGACUGUAUUUUGGGUUGGUAGGGUUAAAUCUGCAUGGGAACUAAUUGAAACACAUGACAGAAUGCUAAUUCAACAAAAUUUUGCACUGUAAAUCACACAAAUGUGAUGAUUGAUAGUGCAUGCGUUCUGGAUUGUGACAUUAAAUUGAAAAUUAUUAUAUAUUGACCCCUCUGGUUUGUGUAUGCAUUGAGAAGGAAAGCGAUUUGUGCGUAUUUAUUGUCAACUGUAAGUGUGCGUAAUACACAAUAUAGAAAUAGUUCAUCAUUAAUGAUAACUAGUUA